AGGGAGAGAGAGCGACAGAUUCAGAGAGAGUGCCAAGGUGCGAUGAGUGAGGGCAAGAGAGAAACACAGCGAGGAGUUUGAAGAGUUUCAGAGGGAAACAAGAUAGAGAGCGGCUAGAGAGAGAGAGGGAGAGAGAGAGACACUCACGCUGAGGGGUGUGUCAUAGCAAUUUAGUUCCUCAAGGAAGUGCAACUCAACAUUAUCUUAAGAUAGGGUGGCAGCACUGACACAAGUGCUGCAGUAGGGGUUUUUUUUAGGGGGGGUUUCGGCUGCACUCGUGGUGAAGAUGAAGGGAUCUCAUUAAAUCAACUGGCCUGCGCUGUCACCCUGAGACGCAGAGGGAGAGGUAUCUGACACAGACCAGGAGGGAGGGGGACUCAGAACACGCUCAGGCAACCAUGGACACCUUCAGCUCAAAGGACAUGGCCUUGAAGGCGCAGAAGAAGAUCCUCAGCUCCAUGGCCUCCAAAAGCUCUGUCCAAAUGUUCAUCGAUGACACCACCAGCGAGAUCCUGGAUGAACUGUACCGCAUCUCCAAAGAGUACACGGGUAACAAAGCAGAGGCCCAGAAGGUGAUCAAAAACCUGAUCAAGAUCGCCGUGAAGAUUGGCUUGCUGUUCAGGAACAACCGUUUUAACACAGAAGAACUCAUUGUGGCCCAAGAUUUUAAGAAGAAGCUGCACCUGGGGGCCAUGACGGCUAUCAGCUUCUAUGAGGUGGACUUUACCUUUGACAAGGCAGUGAUGGAGGACCUCCUGACCAGCUGCAGGGAUCUGUUGCUGAAGCUGGUCAACAACCACCUGACCCCCAAAUCCCACGGUCGCAUCAACCACGUCUUCAACCAUUACUCCAACCCAGAGCUCCUGACCAAACUGUACGAGCCCAGCAGCCCCUUCCGACCCCACCUCACCAGGAUCUGCAAAGGACUCAACAAACUGGUGGAGGAUGGGACAAUAUGACAUAGAACCAAUAAAUGUCAGUCAGAAACUGGGAGAUCUACAGGCAGACUCACUUGAGACUCAGAACUGUUGGACAAAACUGGUCUUACUGCUGCUCAGGACUGGCAACGUACGACAAGCGAUUUGAGAACAAAACUGCCGCCCCAUCGUUCUCAAACAAUAUGUGGGAUAAAAGUAAAGUUGGUUGAGUCAUUCUUUAAGUCUUUCAUGUUUAGAGGUGAUAUAUACCAUAUUAUUGUGAUAUAUAUACUUGUCUAUUCAGACAAAGCUCUCAGAAACCAAACUUGAAUACACACUGGUUUAUAUUAUAUCAUUAUUAUUGUAUCAUUUUACUAGAUCAUGAAAUUUCAUCUGAUGUUUUAAAAUUAAGACCUUAAAUUGUUGGACUACUGAUGUCAUGUAUUCUGCAGAGGACUAGUUAAAACAGCUGGACACAUUGCAUAAAGAGAAUAGACAGGGAACAAUGCCACUGUAAUGUAGUACUGCCACCUGGUGGUCAAGAUGAUGCUUCAGCAACUCAAUGUACUGUAUUUACUGAGGUGUCUAAGACAAUGCAGCCAGUAAUAAAGCAAAUAACCCCACAGUGGACAAUUACACCGACACUUUGUAGUCUCAGCUCCAAAACAUGUUUAGGAGCAUCAACAAAAAGACUAACUCUAACACUUAAAUGGUGUUGACUGCACGAUCUUAAAUGUUAAUCCCAUAAUUCAUGUUUUUGUGAAGACUGGAUCACAGGUGUUAUUCUUUGGUAUUACAAAGACAUUGAAUAUCAACAGACAAGGGAAGAAAAAAUCAAACCCUGAGUGGACAAACCACCAUAUAUUGUAAUUUAGCAUUUAACUGCUAAAAAUCUUUUCUUCUUUGUGUAAGCAAUGAUGUGGAGAAAAACUAUUAAAUUACAGAAAGCUGUGGAUAAAGAUCGAGUGCAAAUGAGAGUCUGCAGUUUGUGGAGGUUGUGCUUUUUUAAGGUCAACCUUGUUAAACAAGUGUGGAUAAACAUACAUGUGUACACACACACACACACA